AUGGCCAAGGUCAACCCUUCCGUCUCGUCUUCUCGCCGCAAGAGCCGUGCCGCUCACUUCAAGGCUCCCUCUGACCAGCGCCGUGUUAUCAUGAGCGCUCCUCUCUCCAAGGAGCUCCGUGAGCAGUACAACGUCCGCUCCAUUCCCGUCCGCAAGGACGACGAGGUCACCAUUGUCCGCGGCUCCAACAAGGGUCGUGAGGGCAAGAUCACCGCCGUCUACCGUGCCAAGUACGUCAUCCACAUCGAGCGCGUCACCCGCGACAAGGCCUCCGGCCAGUCCGUUCCUCUCGGUAUCCACCCGUCCAACGUCGUCAUCAACAAGCUCAAGCUCGACAAGGACCGUGAGAGUAUCCUCGCCCGCUCCAAGGUCGGUCGUGAGCUUAAGGCCACCGGCAAGGUCACUGCUUAA